AGGGCAUUUUAGAUGGGGUGCACAGAUUCUCCAAAUAGUUUGUGGGAGGAGCAUUGGAGAGAGAGUCUCAAAACGUUUCCCUGAAUUUACGGUAGCCGAGUUUAUAUUGUCACGUUGUCCAUUAUCCCUUUAUGUUCUCUUACCUGCAUUUUCCCGAAUGUUUAGAAGGGGACAUUGUUAAAGACUGAAGAGAGAAAAGCCGCAGCACCACUCAGUAGGAAGGUAAUUGGACAGUUUGCGCUCAGAAAAGUCCGAUGAAUGGCUCAAGAUUCCCCUAUGAUUGAGGUAUCGAUUCCGUCGCUGGAGCGAGAGGUAGACGAGUCGGGGAAAUUGAGAAAGCUCUUCAGAGUUGAGAUAUUGUUCAAUGGAAGGAAACACUUUGUGCUCAGAAGACACAGUGAAUUCCAGACCCUGCACAGAAAGCUGAAGAAGAUUCUGCAUCCCCCAGACUUUCCCAGCAAGAGGAGCACUCAUCUGAGAACCAAGCCUCUUGAGCAGAGGAGGCAGCAGCUGGAGGACUACAUUCAGGAUAUAAUUUACCAGUAUGAAGAAGUCCCUCAGGUGCUGCUGGACUUCCUGCAUGUGAAACAUUUCCACUCUGGGAACAAAAUAAGCAGCCUUGAAUCAUUUGAUGAUAGUGACCCUCAGGGAUAUGGCUGUCAGCUGCAGCAUCAGCGUGUGGUGGGAUUCUGUCGUGACCCCUAUCUCCUGGAGUCCCCCUCAGAUCUGCCGGACAUUGUCAUGGAUGGGGUCCUGCAGGGCUUGUACCCCCGAGACAUCCGUGUCAGCUUCACAGCCUGCACAAAACCCAGCCUCCCAGAGAGACCCAGUCUGGCUCCAGCCCGUACCGUCAAAGCUCCAGUGAUUCCCUCUAUAUAGUGGCAGCCAAUGCAGAAGUCCUGACACUAGGAUCUGUGAAUUUUAAGUGACCUUGAUAGUAAUUUGGAUGUAUGUCCAGUGUCUGAGUCAGCAAUCAAUGGAGGCCCAUUUGCUUGUAUACUACCAUACAAUAGAAAAUGUUUAGGUUACCCUGGGUGCUUGACUAAAGUCACAUAGGCCAAUUGAAGAUGUUCUUGAAAAAGCAAUGUCAUAAGGUGGGGUGGUAACUGCAAUUUGGUUUGUAAGCAGAGUUGAUGAGUACAUUAACUGCCUUAGCUCACCUGCCAGAUCGAUUUGAUGCCUCACUAAUAGGGUGACAGGUAGCCUAGCGGUUAGCUUGUCAGGCCAGUAAAUGAAAGGUUGCUGGCUCGAAUCCCCGAGCUGAGUGAAAUGUUGUGCCCUUGAGGAAGGCACUAAACCCUAGUUUUCCCCAGGGGAGCUGUACUACUAUGGCUGACCCUGUAAAACAUGUCACUGCACCUAUCCAGUGUGGCAAUAGUCUGCCUGGAUUGACAGUUUCACAAUCACUGGCAUGUCAUAUGUAAAUGUUUAAGUGUUAAGCUUUAUGUGAUAUGCCCCAAUCAAGUGGUCAGUUUGGAUGGCCCAUGUUCAUAUAAAAAUGUUCAUUGUUCUACUUGCAAUCUUA